AUGGAGAACGAUGAUGGGUUUCAAAGAUCCCAACGUUCCAAGACGCAUUCCAACCGGUUACACCAUGCUCGAUCAAAGCUCUAUGACCCUAGGAAGGGAUCGGCUUAUACCAAACUCUCGAAGACGCAUGAGACAAAACUCAGGAAACUACGAGAAAAUGAAAGGACAUUAGCUUCAUCAACGGUGCUGCGGCCCCUGCUAUCCACCCGUUCGUGUCAGUCGCUCUGCAAUGAUGGCAGCACUUCCUACGUGGAAACGUCGGAUUCUGGCAGUCACGAUUCUUCGUCGGAUUCGCAACCGCCCGACUGGAAUAAUAGCCAGCGGAAGGGAAAGACCGCAGCACGCCAGAGUCAGUACAUCAAGUCGACGGUUGCGCGAAGGAGUGGCAAUGUAGGGGACGUGGUGCCAACCAUAUCCCUUCCCCUGAAUCUAGAUGCCGAUAAGAAUGUACGCCGCUCUAGCGGUGGGAGAACGGCGUUACCGCCACGAGUGCGCGAUUUGGAAUGCAAAUUGCGCAUGCCCGAUGAUGAACGUAUUAGCGUAGUAAAAGAGCUGCAAGACACAACCGGACGAAAUAAAGCGGAAGCUGCAUCUUCGGACGCGGCCAAUGCUUCCAUAGCAAUCGAAUCGUUCAGGAAAUCUACGCUCCCGAGUUUCAGGAAUUCGACCCAACGACCUCACUCGUUCUCAAUGCUCACCUUCAACGUCGGGUUGCUGGAGGUGCGCAUGUUUGGCAUACAAAUGUACCAAAACCCAGGAUACACGGAAAAGAGACUCAAAUGUGUGCCUAGCGAAAUCCGAAAGGCAAACGCGGAUGUCGUUGCUUUCCAGGAGGUUUACAGCAACCACCAUGCAAGGUACAUAAUACGAGAGCUGCAAGAUCUCUACCCCUACGCCGCCAGGGAUGACUGCCUGCCGGUGUCAGAGGACUUCGAGAAACUUUAUGAAAGGAACAAAAAAAAGAAGAAACGGGGUAUCGGGAUGUUCCACAGCGGGCUGCUUUUUCUCAGCAAGUUCCCCAUACUGUGCGCGAAAUUUCACGCAUGGGACGUCGUGACGCAUCUGGAAGCCAUGUUAGCGAACAAAGGUUAUAUGGAGAUAUUUGUAGAUAUUCCCUCCGUCGGGAAAAUCGCCUUCUAUAACAUGCACAUGGCCAGUGCAAGCGUCAAUCCGGAGUCCGCACAUAUCGAAAACGUCAGAAACGAGGAAGUUAAACAAAUCCUGAAACGGACGGAGAAGGCAUGUAGACUGGGUUUCGCACCCAUCAUCAUAGGGGAUCUAAACGCGGCACCCAACAAUUGCGCAAGCAACUACAUGUCGUUCCUGCACAGCGGUUGGACGGACUCGUACGUGCUCUCGCGGCAAAAGGCCAAGCAAAAGCGAUGGUUGGGGUUUAAGGAUCGACGUCUAAAGCAAAAUGACUUCACGUUCGAGAGCCCAAUCGUAAGCGAGGAGUCCAUCGGGGUGGAAAACGUGUUUGGCGAUAACAAGUCGCAAAAACCGCACCUGGAAAAGGUCACGAUCAUGUCGAACAUGCCAAGGAGUCGAUCGGGAGGGAAUAUGCGGCACACCUAUACAGGAACACGAGUGGGGUCGCGAUGGAGCAGAUUUGUGGAAUAUCUUUCACUACAGAAGGGCGAUCGUUUGCGUAGAGCCGCGACUACCUGGAGGAAUUUUAAGGCGAAUCGCCCCCGUGCGAAUUCGAUGCGUCUACGUGUGGUCCAUGCGGCCAACCGACGACGCGUCCCAAAAUCCCCAAAGUUGGCAAAACUGCACAAGAGGUUGCUUAAAAACAAACUUCGCAUUCGCGUCAAGGCGCCAUGCCUGGAGCGCAGAGCGGAGAAAUCGGCUAGAACUUUCAGAGAGCGAUGUACUGCGCUGUUCCGCAGAUCAAGAAGCUUGUGGAUGGGGGAAUCAAAACCAACAACGCAAGCGGUCACCUUCACCACUGCGCGUUCACGUACCGCAAUUGACCCGUCCUCAGUGUACUUCCUGGUCAAGAAUCCGUCAAAACAGCUCAAACGGCCUCGUGUCAGACGGUUUUACUGGUGGUACAGGAGACGGAAUUUUAUGGACGUCACGUGGGACCCCAAAAACCCUCUCAACAUGCGCGGCCCACACGCCGGCUGCAGUGGGCUCAGGUGCGACUACAUCUUCCUGCCCCCGCAACAUAUUGCCGGAAUACUGCAAGGUUUCGUGCCUUCUGCCGGGGAAAUACUGUUCAGGGAGCCCAUUGUCAUGAUAGACAAGGUGGGGUCUGCGUACAACUGUUUGUGCUCAGCGUUCACUAGCAUGAAAAAGGUCAUGCUGGUGACACUGUCUGACCACUACGGCCUAAAAAUCACAAUGGUGCGCAAAAAUAUCAAACCAGAGACCUCUCCAACAGUCAUGCUGCGGCCAUCGCAAUCCAUUUGA